CAGAAUGCCCAAUACUUCUGGUGGGACCUGCACCUCAUUUGCUAAGUAAUUAUGAUAUUAAUCCCUCAAUCACCUAGAUGCAAAGAUAAUAUAGCGUUACCUAAAUUCUCUUUUCUGGACUGAUUACUUUAGUAAUUUAAAAAUGGCACGCAGAGUAUACGGACACCGAAGGCAUAUAUUUUUAUUAUUAGAAUAAUGGUGGAAUGAUCACUGGGCCCCGCACGCUAUAGCCCACGAUCCAUCAUGCGCCGGGUGGCGCUUGAGCUCGGUGGGGCCCAUGGGGCACGCCGCUCCGCCCCGACACAGCGACCCACCGCCUCCCUAUAAAACCAAGCCCAGACCUUCCCGUCCGAGGAAGAGAAGAGAGCGCGAGCGAGGUUUGAGAAGAAGAGUGGUUUCGGAUCGGAUCGCAAUGACGCCGAGCGCGAUAACUACGACGGAGGAGGAGGAGGUGACUUCCGCCGCGGCGGCGGCGACGGAGUCGGCAGCGGCAGAGAUGGAGCCCCUGAUCCCCAGGCUACCGGACGAGGUGGCAGAGCAGUGCCUCCUCCACCUCCCCUUCCCCUACCAGGCCCUCGCACGAUCGGUGUCCUCCGCCUGGAAUCGGGCUCUCUCGAGCUCGGCUUUCCUCCGUGCGAAGUCGGAGCUCUCCGCCGCCCACGCACUUCCCUAUCUCUUCGUCUUCGCCUUCCAUCCGAUCUCCCUCCGGCUCCAGUGGCAGGCCCUGGACCCCCGGACCCGCCGCUGGUUCGUCCUUCCCCGGAUGCCCGUCCCCGCCGGCGCCGCCGCGCCGCUCUGCCCCCCGGCCUUCGCCUGCGCCGCCCUCCCCCACCGCGGCGAGAUCUACGUCCUCGGCGGGAUGCGGUCGGACACCGAGACCCCGCUCCGGACCCUAGUCGCCUACCGCGCCGCCACGAAUUCGUGGUCCACCGGGGCGCCGAUGCCGACCCCGCGGUCCUUCUUCGCGGCGGGGGCGAUCGGGGGCCGGAUCAUCGCGGCCGGAGGCGGCGACGGAGGGAUCUCGGCGGUGGAGUGCUACGACCCGGCGGCGGAUCGGUGGGCGCCGGCGGCGGUGAUGCCGUGUGGGAUGGCGCGGUACGACGCGGCGGUGGUGGGGCGGCGGAUGUACGUGACGGAGGGGUGGAGGUGGCCCUUCUACGCGUCGCCGAAGGCGGGGGUCUACGACGCGGAUCGGGACGCGUGGGAGGAGAUGAGCGAGGGGAUGCGGGAGGGGUGGACGGGGGCGAGCGCCGUCGUCGGGGGCCGCCUCCUCGUGGUCACCGACUACGGGGACGGGCGGGUGAAGGCGUACGACGCCGGGAGCGACGCGUGGCGGAGGGUAGAGGGGGGCGGGGUCCCACCGGAGCUGAAGCGUCCGUACGCCGUGAGCGGGGCGGAGGGGGAGAUCUAUGUGGUGGGGAGCGGGCUGGAGGUCGGGGUGGGGACGGUGGCGGCGGUGGAGGGGGAGGGGGAAAAGGAGAGGCUGAGGGUGGAGUGGAGGGUGGUGAAGGGGCCGCCGGCGUUUGCAGAUCUGGUGCCUUGUUACUCCCAAGUUCUCUACGCUUAGAUCUCUAAAAGAGCUUUUGGGGUUUAGAAAGGGUUUCUAGGUUUCAUAGAAGUGGAGUUUCUAAAAGGAGAAGUUUGUGUACCCUUUCUCCUCCAUUUCCACUCUUUAUUUAAUAAAUAAUAUAUGCUUGUGUGGCUGUUAAUUUUCUUAUACAAUUACGGUGGAUGAGAAAGAGAGAGUUCUUUAAUUUUAAAACGAGAACAAGUAAAGCAAAGGCUUGUGAGCUGUGAGCCGUGAGCUUAUCUAUUUGGUGGUGGGUGAUGGACUGGCGGCGGCGCAUGUGAAGAUGACGGUGGGAUUGUGGAAGAAGAUAGGGAUCUUGAAGUUGGUAGGAAAUUGAGCACACUUUGUUUUUCUUUUUAGAUUUAUAUUAAGAGUUCAAACAUAUACUAAGAGAUGUUGGGAAUUUGGAAGGGUGGAUCAGGCGCUGCUAAUGGCACCUCAAGCCUGAUGGUAUAUGUUGUAAAAGUGGAUAUAAGUCUCCUCGUUUGCUGUUUUCUAAGUUCCUAUAGAGUUCAAGAUCGCUUGAAUUGCCCGGAGAGAAUUUGCCUCUCA